UCCCCCGCGGACUGCCUGGUUUGAGAUGUGAGUGGAAGAUGUCGGUUUCGGGUCUGAAGGCCGAAUUGAAGUUUUUGGAGUCAAUUUUUGACCCAAACCACGAACGUUUCAGAAUUAUCGAUUGGAAGCCCGAUGAGCUUAGUUGUCAGUUUAAUGUAACCGGUGAAAAACUGUUGAUAAUACAUUGCAACAUCACGGAGGCAUACCCCUCUACACCCCCAAUCUGGUUUGUUGACUCUGAUGAUCCAAGUCUGACAGAGGUGUUGGAGCGCUUGGAAGAUGUCAGAAAAGGAACAUCUUUGCUCCUGCAGCAGCUGAAGCGUCUCAUCUGUGACCUGUGUCGACUGUACAACCUGCCCCAGCACCCAGAUGUUGAGAUGCUAGAUCAGCCCCUCCCUGCUGGGCCCAUCAACCCAGAGCGCAAGCAUGGACCAGCAGAUGAAGUGACAUCCGAGGAGGAGGAGGAGGAAGAAAUGGGCGAGCAGGACAUUGAAGACCUGGACCACUAUGAGAUGAAGGAGGAGGAGCCUGUACAUGGGAAGAAGUCAGAGGACGACGGGAUUGAGAAGGAGAACCUGGCCAUCCUUGAGAAGAUCCGUAAGAACCAGAGGCAGGACCACUUGAACGUAAGUGCUCAUUCGGGUGCCGUUUCUGGUUCAGUUCAGGCGUCUGAUCGUCUCAUGAAGGAACUAAGGGAGAUCUACAGAUCACAGAGUUACAAGACAGGUAUUUAUUCGGUGGAGCUAGUCAAUGACAGCCUUUAUGAAUGGCACGUCAAAAUAAGAACGGUAGACCCAGACAGUCCGUUACAUAGUGACUUGCAGGUUCUGAAGGAAAAGGAAGGCGUGGACUACAUUCUGCUCAGUUUCUCAUAUAAAGAUAACUUUCCUUUUGAUCCACCGUUCGUACGGGUCGUCUCUCCUGUGCUGUCCGGAGGGUACGUUCUUGGCGGAGGGGCCUUAUGUAUGGAGCUUCUCACUAAACAGGGUUGGAGCAGUGCCUAUUCCAUUGAGUCUGUCAUCAUGCAGAUCAAUGCGACCCUUGUCAAAGGAAAAGCCAGGGUGCAGUUCGGAGCCAAUAAGAAUCAGUACAGUCUGGCCAGGGCACAACAGUCAUACAAAUCUCUGGUGCAGAUUCACGAAAAGAAUGGCUGGUACACACCUCCUAAAGAAGAUGGGUAAAGAGUUCACUCCUCAUUCUCCCUGGGAACAUACUGUCUUUUGGGUUUAAAAAAAACAACAACAAUAUAUUUUAAUUUCUUUUUGGAGCUAUUUUCUCCCUUCUGACUUAUUUGGGAGUUAUAUCAUCUUUCUUGUGGAAACCAACUGGCAAAUUCUUCCGUCUGGCCUGUCGUCAGCUCAGUAGACCAGUAUCUCUUCUCUGCCUGGCCCAAUAACGGGCUAGACUGUCUACUCCCUGCUGCAUCACUCCACAGCCCCCUUCACCUGAGGAGAAUGUCUGUUAUAACUGAGGGGCUCGGCAGUCCUGUUGCAUCACUCCACAGCCCCCUUCACCUGAGGAGAAUGUCUGUUAUAACUGAGGGGCUCGGCGGUCCUGUUACAUCACUCAACAGCCACCUUCACCUGAGGAGAAUGUCUGUUAUAACUGAGGGGCUCGGCGGUCCUGUUGCAUCACUCCACAGCCACCUUCACCUGAGGAGAAUGUCUGUUAUAACUGAGGGGCUCGGCGGUCCUGUUGCAUCACUCCACAGCCACCUUCACCUGAGGAGAAUGUCUGUUAUAACUGAGGGGCUCGGCGGUCCUGUUGCAUCACUCCACAGCCCCCUUCACCUGAGGAGAAUGUCUGUUAUAACUGAGGGGCUCGGCGGUCCUGUUGCAUCACUCCACAGCCACCUUCACCUGAGGAGAAUGUCUGUUAUAACUGAGGGGCUCGGCGGUCCUGUUGCAUCACUCCACUGUCCCCUUCACCUGAGGAGAAUGUCUGUUAUAACUGAGGGGCUCGGCGGUCCUGUUGCAUCACUCCACAGCCCCCUUCACCUGAGGAGAAUGUCUGUUAUAACUGAGGGGCUCGGCGGUCCUGUUGCAUCACUCCACAGCCCCCUUCACCUGAGGAGAAUGUCUGUUAUAACUGAGGGGCUCGGCGGUCCUGUUGCAUCACUCCACAGCCCCCUUCACCUGAGGAGAAUGUCUGUUAUAACUGAGGGGCUCGGCGGUCCUGUUGCAUCUUUUCAUAUUUUGUUUUCCCUUAUCUCUCUCUCGAUGUGGAGAACAGCCUUUUCUCCUUCCAUACAUGCGCUGGUUUUGACGACGUGGGCUCGACUAACGGGAUCAUCUUGAUUAGUUCCUCCUCGGUGAGAGAACCUACCUACUGUACAGCAGACAGGUCUGACUAGAGCUGGUUUGUUCGUAUCCACAACCACCACCACCUGUUUUUAGUGUGAAGCUGUACGCUCUUACAGCCAGCCACAGCAUUGGCAGUGGGAUUUGAACUGAAACCUCUCUGUGGUGACAGUUGGAUUUGAACUGAAACCUUUCUGUGGUGACAGUUGGAUUUGAACUGAAACCUCUCUGUGGUGACAGUUGGAUUUGAACUGAAACCUCUCUGUGGUGACAGUUGGAUUUGAACUGAAACCUCUCUGUGGUGACAGUUGGAUUUUAAAGCGAAUAUGAAGGAAGAUGGAGGAUCACUUAAGAUGUUUCAGUGAUGUCAUCUUUAGUGACGCUGCUCCUUUUUCUCCCCUGACUUUGUGUAAUAUUUACUGGUACCAAAUUAGACGUUGUUUAAAAGAAAUAGUAUAUGCUUAAAUGUAUUGUUAUUCUGCUUGCUGGCUUUUUUUUGUUGCUUUUUAUUUUUUAUGUCCCAGCAGUAACAUCAUGUGCCAGAUUGGUGACAAAAUGGUGGGUGACUAGGAUGCAGGAAGGGGUCUCCCAAAGGACACCCUAGUAUCUAGAUAGUGCACUUCUUUUGACCUUUGACCUAUGGGAAUGAAAAAGCAGGAUAUGGACAACAUUCUUAGGAAAGCAAAGUAACUCUGGAUCAUUCUAUAAAAAUAAAAAAAAUCUUUCUGAUAAACGUGUCGGUCAAAAGAAUACUGGACGCUGUAGUAAACGAGUUGCCAUUUUGAGAUGAAAUCUACCACUGAGUACCAUCUCCCUGUUGCCAUUUUGAGAUGAAAUCUACCACUGAGUACCAUCUCCCUGUUGCCAUUUUGAGAUGAAAUCUACCACUGAGUACCAUCUCCCUGUUGCCAUUUUGAGAUGAAAUCUACCACUGAGUACCAUCUCCCUGUUGCCAUUUUGAGAUGAAAUCUACCACUGAGUACCAUCUCCCUGUUGCCAUUUUGAGAUGAAAUCUACCACUGAGUACCAUCUCCCUGUUGCCAUUUUGAGAUGAAAUCUACCACUGAGUACCAUCUCCCUGCUGUCCUGUAGGAUGCGGCUGUUGAUCCUCAGUUACAACAUCACACCUGAACAUGGGUUUUUUUUUAGAAUGGUUAAGUGAGCUAGCCGUCUGUCAUGUUGUUUUUCUAUUUAAGGGGAUCGCGUAAGGGAUGGCCUGGUUCCAGAUCUCCUGGGGUUUGGUUUGUACCCCAGAAGUUCAUACCGUUUCUCUACCGUACCGGGGUAUGCGGUAUUACCGAAUGUGCACAGAAGUUGUUGGCUCUAUUUUUAUGCACAAAACCAUUUAGGUAACAGGGGCUCUUGAUCCAGGAAGGGAUUGAACGUCUCUGCUGUAACCAAGUAGCUUGAUCUUGACAUCUCAACACUUAGCUAGCAAGUCAACAAGCAUCGUGUAUAGCUGGAGCCCUGAGCUGGAUAUCAUUUAUUUAACACAUCUUAGAUUUCUUAUAGUUAUACUAAAUUUAAAGUUAUAGGCAAUGGCGUAGUACUCACUCCCAUAACAACCCCCCCCUCCCCCAAAAAAACUCAAUUCUAAAUCAUACCAUUCGUAUUAUCCCGGUAUAAAUUGUAUAUAUCGCCCAAGCCUAUUGUCCUCUAAUGACCAUAGGACAAGACGGUACAAAUGGACCUGGUACAAAUGGACCUGGGACCAACCAGGCUGGAGCAUAGCAUGCAAGGCUACCACGGCACAACACAGUUAUCAUAGCUACAUUACCAGCUAGUUACCAUAGUUGCAUUACCUGUUAGUUACCAUAGGCAGCUUCAUCACCUGUUAGUUACCAUAGUUGCAUUACCAACUAGUUACCUUAGUCGGCUUUAACUGGAGAGUGACGCUUUGUGGGUCUUGCAUAGUUGUAUGUUUUCAAUAGAUCAUAUUUUUGUGUUAUUAAAGGACAAAGAGUUUUCAUUGAGCUAUUAUACUAGUAUACCAGUAGUGAGUUUUAUUGGGUGAUAUAUUCUAUAGCUACCUAAUUUGAAACACCGUUAACUAUACUGAACAAAAAUAUAAAUGCAACAAUUUAAAUGAUUUUAUUAUAUAAGGAAAUACUUAUAUAAGGAAAUACAAAUGACUUGACAUGGGCACAGCCAUAGAAAGGUCCUGUGAGGGCAUAGGCCCACCCACUUGGGAACCAGGCCCACCCCCAGCCAAUCAGAAUGAGUUCUUCCCCCAGGUUUUUUUUAUUACAGACAGAAAUACUCCUCAGUUUCAUCAGCUGUCUAGGUGACUGGUCUCAGAUGAUCCUGCAGGUGAAGAAGCUGGAUGUGGAGGUCCUGGGCUGACGUGGUUACACGUGGUCUGUGGUUGUGAGGCCGGUUGGACGUACUGCCAAAUUCUCUAAAACGAAGUUGGAGGCGGCUUAUGGUAAAAGAAUGAACAUUCAGUUCUCUGCCAAAAGCUCAGGUGGACAAUCCUUGCUAUCGCCAUGCCAAUUGCACACUCCCUCUACUUGAGAUAUCUGUGGCAUAGUGUUGUGAAAAAAAACUGCACAUUUUAGUGGCCUUUUAUUGUCCCUCGUACAAGGUGCACCUGUGUAAUGAUCAUGCCAUGUAAUCAACUUCUUGAUAUGCCACACCUGUCAGGUGGAUGAAUUAUUUUGGCAAAGGAGAAAUGCUCACUAAGAGAGAUGUAAUCAAAUCUGUGAACAAAAUAUGAGAGAAAUAAGUUUUUUGCUCAUAUGGAAAUUUUUGCGUAUCUUUAAUUUCAGCUCAUGAAACAUGGGACCAACACUUUACAAGUCGCGUUUUAUGUUUUUGUUCAGUGUAUUUGGUGGGGAGCUCUCCUGACCUGGUAAAAUAAUAACCUCUUAAGAUGCGUCCUAAAUUGGACCCUAUCGCUCCUCAUAUGGCUCCGGUCUAAAUUAGUGCACUAUAUAGGGAAUAGGAUUCUAUAGGGCCUUGGUCUAAAGUAGUGCACUAUAUAGGGAAUAGGGUUCUAUAGGGCUCUGGUCUAAAGUAGUGCACUAUAUAGGGAAUAGGGUUCCAUAGGGCUCUGGUCUAAAGUAGUGCACUAUGUAGGGAAUAGGGUUCUAUAGGGCUCUGGUCUAAAGUAGUGCACUAUAUAGGGAAUAGGGUUCUAUAGGGCUCUGGUCUAAAGUAGUGCACUAUAUAGGGAAUAGGGUUCCAUAGGGCUCUGGUCUAAAGUAGUGCACUAUGUAGGGAAUAGAGUUCCAUUUGGGAUGCUACCCUAGAAUACCAGACCUGGUUGACCGUUUGUCUAUACAUACUGAAUAGAGUGUUUCUGCGUUUUUCCACCUUGUAUACCAAGAAUAUGUUUUGGCUAAAUAUCUAUUUUUGAGGUGUACUAAUAAGGAUUACAGUAUUAUGAAAGUAUAAAUUGCUCUCAUGAACUGAAAUGUGGAAAUUUUGUAACGCUGUUAUUUACCCUGUUUUGUUAAGUGUUUUCAACAUACAAUGUGACACAAGUUCAGUGCUACUAUAAUAUGUCUCUCCCAAUUGGCACCCUAGUCCCUAUAUAGUUCACUACUUUUGUCCAAGGCUCAUAGUCCACUAUAUAGGGAAUAGGGUGCCAUCUAAAACACUGCUAGGGUCUUAUCUGCAUGUCUACCUCCAUGCUUUUGGCUUGUAUCAGAAACAUGGGUAUCUGCUGGUCUUUGUUGUCUUUAGUCCCUAAUACAUAUAUCUAGGCUAGGCUACUAUGGGUUUUUAUUUCUGAGUGUGAGAGGAGGUCUUUAAAUAUAUCUUGUCUGUAAUGGGUAAGUAUAUUUUUUGCACAAAAUGGCAAGGAUGUGCCUCAGUCAAUACACCUGAACUAACAAAUCAAGUUUUUUAGGAUCUCACCUUUUUCUGAAUCGGAGGAAAACUCUGUCUUUCUAGAGGUAACUAUUAUGUCCUUUUUUUUUUUUCUUCAAUCGUUCAAUUGAUACCAGUCUGAAUCAUUACAGGCUCCCACUUAUGGAGAAAGGUGGAGAAUGGUGACUGGUUGUUUGAAUUUCUAUUGGUCGAGAGGGAAGAAGGGGAUGGUCGUUUAGUAGUACAUCUACUUGGCUCCGUAUGACCCAAGAUUACGUAUCAAAUGGUACCCUUUUGACCAGGACCCAUAGGGCUCUGGUCUAAAGUAGUGCACUAUAUAGGGAAUAGGGUUCUAUAGGGCUCUGGUCUAAAGUAGUGCACUAUAUAGGGAAUAGGGUUCUAUAGGGCUCUGGUCUAAAGUAGUGCACUAUAUAGGGAAUAGGGUUCUAUAGGGCUCUGGUCUAAUGUAGUGCACUAUAUAGGGAAUAGGGUUCUAUAGGGCUCUGGUCUAAAGUAGUGCCCCCCUACAUAGGGAAUCCGGUAGCCAAAGCCUCCGUUACUUCUGCACAGAAUUGAUGUCUUGUGAUACCCUUUUUUUUUUUUUGUAACUUAGUUCAGCUCAGUAGAACUUUUCUCUCACGUUUAGGUAGCUGCUUCCCACUUGAUACCCAGGCCCUGUCUAGAAAACAAGCCACCCCCCCUCACCUACCCCCAGACACCGGUGGGAUCUGAGGCUGUAUGUAUCAAGUGUCUCAGAGUGGGAGUCUUGAUCUAGGAGGAUUUCUCUUCACAGAUAAUUAUGAAUAUGAUGACAAGGAGGAUCCUAGAUCAGAUCCCCAUACUCUUGAGACGCUUGAUACUGACUGACUCUGAUACAAAUUUGAUAGGUUUAAGCCAUAUGCUCUGAUCGGGGCUAGGUGAAUAUAUUACCACAUUUAUUACACGUGUCCAACCUUCUCAGAUCUCCACAAGUGUCUGGGGGAGGGGGUAGGUAGAGUGGCUAGGGGUUGAUUCUGGACAGGGGUUGAUUCUGGACAGGACCCAAAAUCUCUGGACAGAGGCGGAGGGCGGGGUAUAGGUGCUCAUUCACUUUGGGCAGAGUCAGUUCAGUCAUUCAUUCUGUGAUUUUAAAUAGGUUUGCACGUUCCUCUGUACUUGGACAGUGUUUUUGAUAUAAGGUUAAUCUGUCUUCUCUAUCUAGACUAAUUUGUAAAAUCAUUUUCUGCUCGUCAAACAAAUGGUUGGGACAGAUUGUCAAUUUUUGCACCCGUUGGUUGGCAUGCUUUGUUUUUUUGUUUUCAAGGGACAUUUUGACCAUGUACAGUAAUUUGUAAACUUGCAUCAAGUUUAUGAAUAAAGAAUUUUAAGAUUA